AUGGCAUGUCUGAAUCAAACAGCACCAAGUAUAUUUAUCCUUGCUGGGUUUCCAUAUCAACAAGAGCUCAAGAUUCCCUUGGUUUCCUUCUUCUCGAUCAUGUUCCUCCUAACACUUUCUGGAAAUUCUCUGAUCAUCUUGAUGGUGAUCACUGACCUUCAAUUGCACAAGCCCAUGUACUGGUUCCUGUGUCAUCUUUCCAUCCUGGACAUGGCCUUCUCCGCUGUGGUGGUUCCCAAAAUUAUUGCAGGAUUCAAUCCUGGGGGGAAAGUCAUUUCUUUCCUAGGGUGUGUGACUCAAGUAUUCUUUUUUCAUUUCCUGGGAUGUUCAGAAAGCCUUCUCUACACUUUGAUGGCUUAUGACCGCUUCUUGGCCAUUUGUAAACCACUCCACUAUGGCAACAUCAUGAGGUGUAGAACAUGUCUCAUCUUCUCCUUGGGUACCAUAAUUGGAGGAUCCCUCCAAUCCACAUUUCAGACAUUUCUCACUUUUCACUUGCCUUAUGGACAGAAAAACUACAUUGACUAUGUCUUCUGUGACAUUCCUGCCAUGCUAAAAUUGACUUGUGUUGAUAUAAAGCUUAACGAGUUGAUGAUGUUCAUUGAUGUUGGCCUUGUAGCAAUGACUUGCUUUCUGCUUAUCUUAGCAUCCUAUGUUUACAUCAUCAUGGCUAUUUUGAGAAUUAGUAGUCAUGAAGGACGGCACCGAGCCUUCUCAACUUGCACUGCCCAUCUUACUGUGGUGAUCAUAUAUUAUCUGCCUGUGGUGUACCAUUAUCUGAGACCAGCUUCUCAGGACUCCAUGGAUGGUGUAGUGAGCAUGUUCUACACCACAGUGACUCCUUUGUUGAACCCACUAAUAUAUACCCUUAGGAACAAGGAGAUGAAAACUGCUCUGCUGAAACUUUGCGGUAGGAAUCCAGAGUAA